AUGGAAAGUUUAAAAUCAAUUAAUAAUUUAAACGAUUUAUAUAAUCAAGUUGUUGUUGAAAGAAAUCCAGUUAUUAUCGGUACAGCCAUUUUUGGUUUAGUUUUUACCAUUUUCAUUUUAAUUAAAAUCAGAUUAAUGAGAUGCAUUAAAUUAGAUACCAAAGUUUUACACGAAUGUACUAAAAAAGGUGUUGGAUUACCAAUUGAUCAAGCUUUCGAAGUUAUUCACAAAGAAUUAAUCAAACAUUACCCACAAUUCAUUGCUGCUAAACGUAAUUGGUUAUUAUUUAAUGGUGGUGGUGCUAUGGGUCAAAUGUGUGUUUUACAUGCUUCAUUAAGUGAAUAUUUAAUCUUUUAUGGUACCCCAUUAUACAGUCAAGGUCACAGUGGUCGUUAUUUAAUGGAUGUCUACGAUUUCAUGAUUCAAGGUGAAACUAAACAAUUCUUCCCAGGUUACUUCAAACCAAUUAAUUUCCCAGCUGGUCAAUACUCUUAUCUUCCAAUGAUGGUUGCUAAAGGUUAUUGUUGCGAACGUGAAAGUUACAUGUUAGAAUAUGGUCGUGGUAUUAUCCCAUUAGCUUUACCAUACUUUUUAUGCUCAUCAAUUUUUGUCACUUUAGAUAUUAUCCCAUGGUUACAAGCCGUUUACUUUGUUGGUUGGGAAGUUACUAAAAAUUUACUCUUCAGAAGAAAGAUUUAA